AUGCUGGACCUGGUUGGGAGUUGGGACUGUUUUGAUUUCACGGAUUUCACACGCACAUUGGCAGCACGCCCGGCUUGUUUACUCACCUCAGCCACAGCGUUAAUUGUGUCAUUCAAACAGCAAUUUACGUCAGUGCACAACCAAGCUUUUGAAAAUGCUGGGCAGUGGCCGCGCCAGGGUGGUAAAUGUGGCUCGGCGCCUCAAAAACGUAAAACUCUGCAGCCAACGAAGCGGACUCCUGGAGCAGAGUUGCUGUCCCGUGGUGUCGUCGUUUAGAGGAAAGAAAGACGACUCGUCGUUUUCGCAUCUCUUUGUUCCUGUGCCUGUGAAACCGAGCAGUGAUGACAUAAACAUCGGCGCCGAGUUGACCGGCGCCGAAAUCAACAAAGACGACUUGCUCAGGGUGCUCAACAAAUUUUACCAGAGGAAGGAAAUUAAAAACCUGGCUAAAGAACAUGGUCUCGACCACCACCUCAUGCACCAGGCGUACGUGAGUUUUCGAAGGUACUGCCUUGAGGCGACAGCCCUUCCUGCAGACCUACACAUAAUUUUGGCAGAUAUUCUACAAGGUGCUGGAGCAGUGGACAGCAUAUUUCCCUACUUUUUGCGCCACGCCAAGACCGCAUUCCCUCACCUGGAAUGCAUGGACGACUUAAGAAAGAUCAGCGACCUGCGAGAACCUGCAAAUUGGUACCCUGAAGCAAGGGCUUUGACCAGAAAGGUCAUCUUCCAUGCGGGUCCUACAAACAGCGGGAAAACAUACCAUGCUCUAGAGAGGUUCAUGAGUGCCAAAUCUGGCGUUUAUUGUGGUCCGCUUAAACUGCUGGCAGUUGAAGUGUUUAACAAAAGCAACACCAAAGGCACACCAUGCGACCUAGUCACAGGGGAAGAGCGGAGGUGUGGAAAUGCGGACGGUUCGGCAGCACACCACGUUGCAUGCACAGUGGAAAUGACGUCUUUAAAUCAGCAUUUUGAGGUGGCGGUCAUCGAUGAAAUUCAGAUGAUGAAAGACGACCAAAGAGGCUGGGCGUGGACCAGAGCCCUGCUGGGCGUCCAGGCAGACGAAAUCCACGUUUGUGGUGAGCCAGGAACUGGGGAACUGCUCCAAAGUCUACUUAACACCACUGGUGAAGAUCUGGAGAUUCGAAACUACAAACGACUGACUAAAUUGGAGGUGGAGACAACAGCUCUGGGAACCCUGAGCAAUGUGCUUCCUGGAGAUUGCAUUGUGUGCUUCAGCAAAGUAGACAUUUACUCUGUGUCCAGACAAAUCGAGGCCUUAGGGAAUGAAGUUGCCGUCAUCUACGGCGGGCUUCCCCCAGGAACAAAACUUGCCCAGGCUUCUAAAUUCAACGACCCAAAUAACCCGUGCAAAAUCUUAGUCGCUACAGAUGCCAUUGGAAUGGGCCUUAAUUUGAGCAUUAAAAGAGUCAUCUUCUACUCGCUCAUCAAACCAGUUGUCAACGAGAGAGGCGAGAAGGAAAUGGACACUAUUUCUGUCUCUUCUGCCCUGCAAAUUGCUGGUCGAGCUGGUCGUUACGGGACAGAAUAUGAAAACGGCCGAGUGACGACUUUCAAGGCUGACGACCUGCCCGUUUUGAAAUCUCUAUUGUCACAAACACCAGAUCCGAUAAAAAAGGCAGGACUGCAUCCAACUGCCGACCAGAUUGAGCUCUAUGCCUACCAUUUGCCAAACAGCGUUCUUUCCAAUUUAAUGGAUAUUUUCGUGACGCUUUCCACUGUGGAUGACUCCCUCUACUUCAUUUGCAACAUUGAGGAUUUCAAAUUCCUUGCUGACAUGAUCCAACACGUUCCUCUCCCUCUCAGAGCCCGCUAUGUGUUCUGCUGCGCGCCCAUUAACAAGAAGAUGCCUUUCGUUUGCACCAUGUUCUUGAAGUUCGCCCGGCAAUACAGCAAAAAUGAGGCCAUCACUUUUGACUGGCUGUGCAGAAAUAUUGGCUGGCCAUUUUCUGCCCCAAGGACCAUCAUCGACCUUGUCCACCUGGAGGCUGUGUUUGAUGUCCUGGACCUUUAUCUGUGGCUAAGUUAUAGAUUCAUGGACCUCUUUCCUGACGCGAACUUAGUGAGGGACAUGCAGAAUGAAUUGGACGCAAUCAUCCAGCAGGGUGUCUUCCAGCUGACCAGACUUUUGAAGAAUUCCGAGCAAGGCAGGGAUGAGGACGAGUUUACCAUGUCCAGAUAUAAACAAGCUAGAAUGAAAAAAAGAAUUCCUGCUGAAGAAGCAACAUUACCGUCUGGUCGGUUGACAGAGAGGCUUCUGGCACAAGGACUGCUUACGCCCAACAUGCUGCAAGAACUGAGGAAGGAAUGGAAUGAGAGUGGCGAAGAGCCUGCUGCUAGCGUUUCAAGUAAAAAAGGAAGAAGAAAGAAUAAAACAAUUUUGUCUGGGAAAGAAGAUAAAGAUUAUUAAAAACGAAUUAAACUGGUAGCUAUAUAUCCAUUUACAAAA